AUGGUUUACUGCGGUAAACCGAGUAAAGGCUGUGGCCAGUGUCGGUCGCGCAAGAUCAAGUGCGACCAGGGUCGUCCUGCCUGCUGGCAAUGCACCCGAAUGGGCCGGGAAUGCUCUGGGUAUCGCGAUGAGCUGUCGCUGAUGUUUCGCGAUGAGAGCGAAUCCGUCAGGCGUAAGGCGGGCUCUUCGCCUAGUCCCUCUGCCACUUCUGCGUCUGGACGCAAAACGUUGUCUCGAUCGCCUCGUCCUGCUUUCCCAGGACAGAAAGCCGCAUCUGUUGCGACUUCAGGCUCGACCACGUCCAUAGAAGAUAUAGGCUUUGAUUUUGAUUCUAAUUCAGAGCACCGAUUUCUUACGGGCCAGGCUAGGCAGAGUCCUCUAGGAAUGCAUCCCACUACAUCCCUUUCGAGACAGGAGGCUGUCUGCUUCUUUCUCCAGUCACAUGCCAUCCCCGGGACCUUGUUGAUGACGGAUGCUUUGACCCAUUUCCUCAUGCAGUCCGGUGGAUCAUUGGCCCAGCAGGCCAUACAAUCUAGCAUUGUGGCAGUUGCUAGCGCCAUGCUCGCACGUGUUCGCAACGACGCAUCACUGAGGCAAGAGGCGCGUCGGGAGUAUGGAGCUACGCUCAGGCUAGUCAACAAGACUCUCGCUGACACUAACGAGGCCAAGACAAACCAAGCGCUAGGAGCGGUUGUUCUGCUGUCUUUAUAUGAAAUUGUUACAUCGAGGACCCCACAGGGAAUUGAGGCCUGGACAAAUCAUAUUCAUGGAGCUGCAGCGUUAUUAGAACACCGCGGAAUUCAACAGCUGCAAACUGAAGUAGGGAUACGGCUCUUUUUACAUUUAAGAUACCAAAUCAUUAUAAGUUGCCUCCAACGCGACGUUCGAGUGCCCAGUUCUCUUCUAGAAAGUUCAAAACUUGACAUAAUCCCCCAACUAAAGGAUGCCCUUGGCAAUAAACUAAUCAUGAUCAUCGGUAAUCUGUCAAAUCUACGUGCAAAUAUCCACUCGAAAGCCUUCAACAAUCCCCAGGAGGUUCUAAGUGCGGCCUGUGCCCUCGAAGCGGACCUCGUUUCCUGGAUGGCCGCCCUGCCACCAGACUUUACAUAUAGUAGCCAUACAUUAAUGCCAUUAGAUCGCAACUUUGAACACCGUUGUCGCGGAAUCCGGCCCUACAAUAACGAAUACCAUAUUUACCCAGACAUCUGGGCGCCUAGUUGCUGGAAUCACUACCGUUGCGCACGAAUACUUGUCAGCGAGAUUAUAUUAUCGCAUGUCCACAUGCUGUCCGACAGCUCGCCUAAUUACUUGUCCGAAGAUUUCCGUUUACACUGCAAGUCCCUACGCUCAACAAUCAGUCGCUUAGGUGCCGAUAUCUGCCGCAGUGUCCCGUUUCAUCUAGGUGCCUGCAGUUCAGAGAUUCUUCCAGAAACACCCAUGCUUCCAUCGGAGAGCUACCUCGGCGGCCUCAUGCUCCUCUGGCCCCUAUUUAUUGCCGGUAUUAUCGAGGGGCCGACUCAUCCACAACGUCGGUGGGUAAUAAAGUGUCUUAAGACGAUAGGGAACUCGUGUGGGCUUGAUCAGGCGCUGGCGACAAUGGAUCUUCUCACCGUGGACCCAGGCAUGUUCUAUUCUGCGGAGAAAUACGGUGAGGCGGCUGAUACCCCGACUGGGUCGUCUGAAUUGCUCCCCGUUUCGAUCUUCCAUAUUCCGUAUUAUGAGCUUCCUGCAUUGAAGGAGUACCGAGAGCUUCGUGCAUCAUCGGCAUAA